AUGACGCGAUGGGCACACGAGCUGACAUUCUAUGACUUUGAGCUUCUCUAUAAGCCGGGUCGAGUCCACCACGUCCCUGACUUGCUCAGUCGUCAGAUCACACCCAUUGCUGACCUCGAUAGUCCCUUACUGCAGCCCGAUUUGGUGGAGCGUCAUCAGCGGGACGAUCCCCUGUGGCAGCAGCUCAUAGAGUAUCUUGAGGAGGGCCGCCUUCCGCCGAGGCGUAUCCCUCUUCCACUCGAUCAAUUCGAACUUCAGGACCGAGUCUUAUAUCAUGUUAAGUCCGACCAUGAACGAGUCAUGCUUCGGCUCGUAAUCCCAAAGUCGCUGCGUGGCGCCGCUUUGGAUGUGGUUCAUGCCGUUCCGUCCGCCGGGCAUCAGGGUGUCCACAGGACGUAUCAGCGGCUACGGGAUCAUUUUUACUUUCCCGGGAUGUUGACCGCAUCCCGAAGGUAUGUCGCGUCAUGCACGGCAUGCCAGCGGAGGAAGGGGGCAAUCGCCCGAACGCCCCUUCAGUCCAUGCCAGACGUCGUAGAGCCCUUCGAGCGGGUCUCCGCUGAUAUCCCCACACUUACCCCUUCGGCGCGUGGCAACAAGUACGUCCUUGUGCUGAUUGUCCACCUUACCCGGUUUGUUGAGUUGUUCCCAUUGGCAUCUAAGGACGCCCAAACUGUAGCAGAUGUUUUUCUUGCAGAAUUCGUUACUCGGUACGGUCCACCCCGGACCUUGUUAUCGGAUAACGGCCUUGAAUUCCGCAACCAUCUUCUUUCCGACAUCUGUCAUCACCUUCAGGUGAAGUCGCUCUUUACCACAGUCUAUCAUCCGCAGGCCAACGGUAUGGUGGAGAGUGUGAACCGGGUGGUCAAGGACGCCCUGAGCACGCUCCAGAUGGAUGAUCCCGAUGGUUGGGACGAGGUUUGCCAUCAAUUCCUCCAUACACCGGAGCGUCGGGACAGUCAUUUCCCGCUUGUGGGGUCAAACCACACGAUCUAUUCCGAAGGGGCCUUGUCUUCACUGAAAUCGAAACUCCGUGCAGCUCGGGUGGCCGCUAGUGAGGCCGCCCGAAAGGCUCGUGGGCGUUGGACCGCCGAUCACGAUCGACGGCGGCGGGCUCGACCGCGGGAGUAUAACGAGGGGGAUCUGGUCUUCGUGCAUCGUAGCGUUAUCCUGCACCCCAGUCAUGGAACCAGACCCCUGGGUCCCCGAUGGUUAGGGCCAGUCCGGGUUUUGAAAAAGCUCGGACCCGUGGCUUAUGUGGUGAGGAGACCGCAUUCAAAUGGGCAGGAAGUCACUCUGCACCCCAAUAAAUUUAAGGCGUUUCGGGUAAGUGCGGAAUUCGUCCCCCCGGACGACUUUCCACGUUUGGACGGCACUUUCCCUCCUGACCCGGAGCCUGACAUGGGACCUUUACAAGAUCCCGGUGCAGAUGACCUGUUGGAUUCGGAAUCCUCGGCCCCGUCAUCGGUGGGGGUAGACGAUGAGCCAUGGGACCCUGGGUCUGACUGGGACGAUCUUUCCUGUAACAUAACCCUGUAUGGCUUGGAUCCUAACACGCUUGCAGCCUGUUCUCUUUCAGAGCCUUGCCUUUAUCCUGAUCAUCUCCAGAUGGACGGCAGCCGGGCCCAGCAGCCAGCUUCUGUUCUGUGGAGUGAUCCUAUGUCUGAUAGUUCACACCCGCCCUUGAGCCACGCGGGAUUACUUGUUUUCUCACCUCGCUGGCAGGGUCACACAUUCUUCACCCUUGUUCUGGAUGUCUGCAAGACCUUGUACAGAUAA